ACACACUGAGGAACAGCACCACACUAACAUACACCAUUUCUCUCUGUGGAUCUUUUUCUGCUGUUUGACUGUUUCUCUGCAGCCCGGACAUGGCAUUUCUUCCAGACAAGUGUUUUCCGGGCCCUGAACUCCUGGAUCUGCUGCUGAAGCCUCAUAAAGUCCCUCAUACGGCCAGUGAUGGAGAACAUGGCAGUCCUGCGUGGUCAAUCGCAGAUCAAAGCAUUGCGUGUCAUGAAGGCGUUGUGGAUGAUUUUCUGGACUCACUGUUGGACAUGUCAAAGCCGUGCUCCCCGUGUGACAGCGGGAUCAGUGAUGACAGCCCAUCUGAACAGCUGGACAGUCCACCACCAUCCUCAAGCCCAGCGUUCAGCUCCCUCUUCCUCCAUCAGCCUCUUCCACAGCAGGACACAAACACAGAGCCGGAUUUCUCCAUUGAUCUGGCAGAUUGGGAGGCCUGCCUGUUUUCCGACAGUCUGACAGACCCUCAGUUCCCAUCAGCAGUGGUGAAAAGUCAACCGGCAGCAGUUUACCAGCUCACAGUCAAAGACCUGCUGCUCUCAAGCGCUGCAGAACCUUCAACAAAACCCUCCACCCAACAAUCUCAGCAUUUGAUUCUCAAUGAUGACGAGAAGAAACUCUUGGCCAAAGAAGGAGUGAGUCUUCCCAGCCAACUGCCUCUUAACAAGUAUGAAGAAAAGGUUUUGAAGAAGAUUCGGAGGAAAAUCCGAAACAAGCAGUCAGCGCAGGAGAGCCGCAAGAAAAAGAAGGAGUAUAUCGAUGGACUGGAGGGCAGGAUGGCUGCCUGCAGCGCUCACAAUCUGGAUUUACAGAGGAAAGUCCUCCAGCUGGAGAAAACCAACACGACUCUGAUGGAGCAGCUGAGGCGACUGCAGGCACUGUUGAUGAGCGGCUCCAGUAAACCUGCACAGACGGGGACCUGCAUACUGGUGCUGGUUCUCUCUUUCUCUCUCAUUCUCAUCCCGAGCCUUCAACCCAUCUCACACCGGAGGGCUGCAGACCCCGCGGACAUCAGCACCGCCAAAGUUCAAUCCAGGUCCCUGCGCUCCGUGAUGGAAGUCUACAGCAUCAGCAGUGGUGUGGACACGUCCUCGUCCAAUCAAAACGCGCUUCUAACCAGGCCCGAGUAUGCUGACAUGGACCAGUCACAUCACAACCACAGCUACCGAAAGCAUCGUCGCGGAGACCCCAUCACUGGGCACAGCUGGACAACACACCGCGAACAAGACAGAAAGUGACUUGUGGAUAUUAUACCACGCUUCUGAAUACGCCAACGCUGAUCAUUCCAGAUGCAAAACAACCAGCUACAGUUUGUUUGUUGCAUUUAUGUAGCCGUGGGUUAAUCUGAAUGGAUUAUACCACAAAACCUGAUGGGAAUGGUAAAUAUAUAUACUGAUGCCACAGCUUGCAGUAUGCAAACGUUGUGCAGAAACCCCCCCACACACACAAAAGCAUGCAAAUGUUGCACAAAAAGAUGCUUCUUAAGUUUAUGAUGUACCUUAAACCCUUCAGGCUGUAUUUUAAUGAUCUAGCCGCAAAGGUCUAACAGGGUUGUGCUUAUUCUCUUAAUGAGUUAUGGGUGUGUUUUGAGCAUAACGUGCAUUAAACCAAUCAGAGUCUUAUCUCCCAUUCUCUUUAAGAGUCAGUUGUGUCACGCCAUGGUGCAUUCGCUAUUUACAUGGUGGACUUUGUAAGUGGAAAAACUGAAAGCUUUACUAGCGACAGUUGAACAGACCAUCUGCAGCACAAGGAUAAAGAACGAGCUUCCUCCAUUCAGCCUCUUUACUUUUACUCCUUUACUUUCGUGCAUAAGGAAACGUUGUUGUACUCACUCCACUGAAGACAUCCAUUCACCUACAUAUUUAAUUUUGUUUGUUAAGCGCAAAGAUUAGUUUCAAACUAUUUCUAAGUUCACUUCUAAUUUCCAGAAAACGAAUAAAUGAACAAUAAUAACGAAGUGUGGUCAAAAAACUGAGUUUUAUCUAAACACACGUCCUGUUCUUAUGCCCCAUAUGGUGAUGCAGACGUCUCUAAAACACAACGGGUGGACAAGUCUAAACUUGUUUUUAUUAAAACAAAUAAAAAUAUGUAUAUAAUAAAUAAUACUGAUAAUAAUAAUAACAUUAUACAAAUGCAAAUUGUCAUGAAUAAACAGAAAAAGGCCCCCUGAGGUGAAGAAGGCAUGGAGGCAGUGGGUUUUAUAUUUAAUCAUUUAAUUAUUUUCAUAUGUAAAGAUAUUUGUGUAUUGCUGUACAUACUGUGUGUAUUAAGUGUUUGGACCCACAUAAGCGCAUAACUAACACGUUCUGCGCUGGACUUUAGAGCAGCUUUUAGUUGGUCAAUAGCGCAGUCUAUUUUAGUUCCAUAAAAUAGCAGCAAGCCGACAAAGCACCUUAACACACCUCUUUUCUAGACCGGAACACCAAUGAGGCCACAAAGUGGCGCAAAUGGAUUUGCUAGUUAAGCAAUAUGGCACAAAACGUUAAAAUUACAGUAGCGCUGGUCUGAAAAUAGCAACAUAUCGCACCAAACACGUCUUGCGCCUUAAUGCGCCUGGUGUAUAGGGCCCUUAAACUUCACACAACGAUGUCAUGCAACUAAACUGCAAAAAUGUAAUGAAAUUAUUUCAUGCUCAAACAUCUGACUGUGGUGCUGAAGGACAUUUAAUAACAUACAGACCAACUGAUGGAAAUGCAAAGCAGCAAACUACUGAUUGCUUUGGCUGUAUAUGACAGGGUACCGCUCCUUUGAAAUGAUUGUGGGACCAAGGUGCAGUGGAGGACUGGCCAUCCAGAGCCAGAUAUAUACACACACACAUAUACAUACAGUACACAUACAUACAUACAUACAUAUAUAUAUAUAUA